AUGAAAUCGACCCCUGGUCUUUUGACCGCCCGAUUCUGCCACCCACCCAUUUUAAUGAAAUCGACCACGAUUUCUUUUACCUUUAAUAGUAGAUUAGUACGACGGUGCGCACAGACACGCCGACGUACUCUUCACUAGGAAAGUGUGGCUGCUGAAGAUUCCGCGUUCCACUCCUUUCAGAACUGAUCUGUGGCUUGUCACGGAAUAACUUGACCACGAUUGUCUUAGUCAGCGUCUUCAUCACUGUCACCAACUAGGCUCUGCGGAUAUAAGUCUUACCUCGGACAACAUGUGACGACCACGGCAUCGCUUCAGACGAAAGAAUGGCAAUAGCAUGGCUACAAGCAUCCAUGUGGCACUGCGGAGUUUCUUCUAUAAUUAGGGAACCCCCCUCUCACGGCAAUGGUUACUGGCUGCUUGUUUGCAAGAAGUGGCAAUUCUUCUGUCAUGCAAUACUCGGCCCUUCUGCUCUAUAAACUACCAGAAGGUAGUAGCUUUCCCUUUUUGGCGUUAUCGUUCUUACCUCUUUCUCGAUUGGGCGUUGGCUCUUCCUGUGCCUGGCGUUCAGCCGCUCCCUCACGUGCAUGAGCGGGGUUUUCCUAGGAAAGAGGCUCGUAUCGAAGCCUUCCAAGACGCCUCUCACACAUUAUGGCUGCCACGCUGUGCCCUGGGGUCGACUAGGCGAGUAUACUCAUUGGUUGGGAUACCAUGUAAUAGUGAAACCUCCUGGAGUGCGCAUUGACAUACCUUCUAGAGUGCGCAUUGACAUGAAAUGUGGAAUCUUUUGGGCAUGUACGAAGUACUUAAGGCCCCAAUCCUUAAUCUCCUAAUGAGUUUGGUUAAGCCAGUGGCAGUACUUCUAUUAAAAUACCCUAUUAUCUUCGUCAUGGAGGCUCAAGAAGGCCCCAACGUCUUAUUACCCCUACAACGAAGCUUAUUUUCCUGGUUAAAGCCUGUUACUUUCGAGCUAGCUCAAUCUCCAUUGCUGUAUGCCAAGCUUCCUACUGUCGAAUGGUGGAAGGAGAUAGAGUUUCCAGUUUAAACACUAGUUGUAUAAAGGUGUUUUGCUAUCACCUAGUGUUUUCCCUCCACUAUUUUACAAACAACUUCAUUCUUUUGUUGUUUGGGUUGAUUUCACAUCUCCGUACUUUCAUUACUGCUGCAUCAGAUAUUUGCACCUACAUUCGUUACUAGUUCAUGUUAUUCCGAGGUCUUCAUCGUAUCAGUAUAUUUAACAACUCACGAUAAUACAACGAUCGAAAAAGCGAUCAUGAAAUCCCUCCUAUACGGCUUGGCCGCCUUUUCGCUUUGGCAGACUGGUUUAGCGGUCAAAGACUCGAAUGGCAACUACAUUCUCAAACCUGUCACAGAUCCGAGUCUUCUUAGCGUGAGAGAUCCAGAGAGAACAAUCACCAUCUUGGAACCAAUCCUUCCAAGCGAGAUGGGACUUCACCGAAGGGCCGGCCAUUUUCCAGUCGGGCUUCAAAAUGACACUAGCAUAUUCUGGGGACAGGGUGGCAAUGGCUCCAACGUGAUGGUCAAUUUGACGCUGGCAACCGGCGAAACCCAAAUGAUUCUGUCGAUGGACCACUUCAAGGAAGAACUUGCAAGUGUGAUCUGCGAUGAUGAUCUAACCCUUACUUUCAAGGACGAGACGACGUACCAAGACGCCAUAGACGACUGGGAGUGGGUCAACUUCGAAGAGAAGCGCACAUUCAUCAUGAUAGUCAACUACGGUGGUUGCUCUUCAGAAAGUGGUCGACAACCCUGGGUUGUGACCGCUGCCACAUACGAUAAUGCAAACUUUCGCGUCGAGUUCACAGCCAAUCAAACGGAAUGGUAUGACCUGAACAAUCCAUACGAGAUCGAGUGGGGGACAUACACUCCUCUCAGUCAAUCUGCACUUGCAGCUCGCUGGAAUCCUUUCGACGCUCUCAACGACCUCACAUCGCCAAAUUCGAGCCCCGAGUUCGAUGUAAAUCUCGCACACAGUAUCCCAGAGACAUUAUGGGAGAAGACUACAGCUUCAGGUUUGGAUCUUACCAUUGGCUGCGAUGCAUGCGGAACUACAGGAAAAAUCACAAUCGCUGGCAAGCUCAAGGGAUCGCUUCUGAGACUGUCCAUCGACGAAGCUUACGUCCAGGCGAUCCCGUCAAACAUAAGAGCUGAUUUCAACCCCUCCUUCACUGUUGCUGGUGAGUUGGUAGGGGGCUGGAAGAAGAGCUGGGACAUUCUCAAAGUUCCUCUUUCCGAAUUUAGCAUUCCUCUUGUCUUCAGCGUCGGUCCUGAGUUGAGGCUCAGUGCUGGGUUCGAGUUGAGCGGGGUGCAAGGUUCUGCAACAGUUAAGACUGGCAUCUCGGCCAGGAUUCCGGAUUCUGCCACAGCCAAAGUAGAUUUCCAUGGCAGUGGUACCCACGUUGAUGGAUGGAAGCCCGAUAUCACGACGAAGCCCAUCACCUUUGAGGCAGAGGUUCAAGGUACACUAGCAAUUUAUACUGCUAUUGGCGUUGAUAUUGGCAUGACGGUCUUCAAGAAAAUCGACUUUGGUGUUGGUCUCGAGCUGCAAGUACCGAAAGUCACAAUGACGCUUGGCGCAGAGUUCAACUCAGCAGGCGAGGUUUGCCCCAACCGCCCCGAGAUGUUUGGAGUCAAAUUUGACGCGAGCAUUGGUGUUGAUCUCAAGAUCCAAGGAUGGAAUGGCGACAAGGACAGGCCAUUCUUUGAGGAGGACCUCUGGAACGCUCCAGACCUCUACAAGUUUCCUCACGUCUGCAUUCCAUUUGAGUUCGGUACCAAGUCUCCCAUUAGCUUGACCAAGUUGGUAUCUGUUCCAACAUCAACCAAGGUUGCAUCAACUACUUCUGAGACACCAGCUCUAACGAAGGAGCCUGUUACCACUGGGGAGCCUAGCAAAGCCACCUCUACUAAGGAACCCGCUACAAUUGAACCUAGCAAGCCCACGACCAGCACAAAGCUUACUUCCGAGGAGCCAAGCAAACCUACAACACUCAUUCAUUCUACAACUGAGGUUACCACAAUUGAGCCUACUAGAAAUCAAACCGCUAUCACCGUCGUUGAACCAACUACCACAGGGGGAUCUAGUACAGGGACUGCCAACCCUACUUCUAUUGAGCGUACAACUACCGGCCAUCCCCCCAUUGGCACUGGACCCAUAGUUCCUUCAGGAACAGGCCCCGCAGUAAAUACUUAUCCUCCGACCAGUGGUAAGCCAGGUGGUCCAAUCCUCUCGAACUCAACUGGUAUCUGGAUCUCAAAGCAAUCGUCCCCGACAACGACUCCAAUCAUUGGGUACUUCCCACAGCCACCUACGACUGUAACUGCACCUAUCACCGACUACUUCCCUGAGUCAACUGCGGGCCCCUAUAAUCCUGGUAAGCCAGACGGUAAUCAACAAGGUCCUGGCGAGGGAGAUCCCAAUACAGGCCCAACCACCACCACUAUAACAACCUCACCAACAUACCCAACGCUCGUUCCCGGCCCCGGCAAACCACCAGGAAAUUACAACUCCACCAUCACAACUAGCACCUUCACAUCCAGCUACAAUAUCUCCACAUCAGCUAUCCAUUAUACCACGCCGCCAGUACCUACGACUAGCUUGCCGGUGUAUGGGUAUGGUUAUGGGAAUGGGGGACCUGAGGAUCAUACGAAGGGUUAUAGACCCAGGGGACGCUUGGCGAGACAUUUGGUUUGAAAAAUUCAUAGUGGUGGACUAAAGUGUCGAGAUGGGAUGUGAUUAAUUCUAUUGUGUAGUUUGAGUGGGUUAUAGAAUUUGGGAAUGUUGGGUAAUAGAUGGGAUUAUAGAUACCUGUAGGAUAUGACAUGGGGCGAUCUUAGAUUCGAG